AUGGGCCGUGAUGGCCACCAACAACCGGAUGUACUACCGGAAGAAGAACGAGAGAAGCCCAACUACAGCCUGAGUGGUGCAUUAGCAGCCGAAUCGAAUACAAAGCAAGGAACGGUGCUCAAGUAUCAUGAACCAGCGGAAGCUGCGAAACCUGCGACGCCAUGGCGGUUGUACGUGUACAGGGGUAAAGAGCUAAAGGACACACUUCAUCUGUCACAACAGUCUGCCUAUCUACUUGGCCGCGAUGCUGCAGUGGCCGAUAUCCCGCUUGAGGAUGGGUCAUGCAGCAAACAGCAUGCCGUACUGCAGUUCCGGCAAGUCGGCAAGAAGGAUGCGUAUGGCACUAUGCAGCGGUCUGUUCGGCCGUACUUGAUUGAUCUUGGGAGUACAAAUGGGACGUAUGUGAAUCGGGAGGAGAUUCCGAGUGAGCGGUACUACGAGGUGCUGUCUGGGGACUCGCUGGCAUUUGGGGAUUUGGACUGCGAUUUUGUGCUGCUGGCAGAGACGUAG